AGGAUCUCAUGGCAAUCUCAAAAAUGUGUAUUAAAUGGCAGCCCCUUGGCCUCCCUCCUCUGCCUUCUAAAUCUUUCCCGCGACAGGAAUUCUAAACAAAACAUGCUAGGGAGAAAAGGAAUCACAUAGCGCAUAACGAAGUACUCUCCACCAUUUCGUAAAAGUCGGAUGUACAGAACUGACAGUUCUGCUUAUGAGAAAUGGCAGUACGAAAAGCUAUUGUUGUAAGGGUGACUGUCAACCCUCCCAGACCCGCGCACCCUCCCUCCGGGCCUCGCUUGGCUCCUCCCAUUCCCCCUCCCCGUCCCUGGCUGGGCCCCUCAAGGCUGGUCUUCAGCGAGGCGGGCAGGCCAGCCUGCUGCCGGGCACACCAACGUCAGUCACGUGGUGGGAGAGCUGGGAAGAGAACAGCAGACUUCCACUAGCAAUGUUGAGUGAUCUUACGCUGUGAUUUCGACCAAGUGAACGUUUUGAUAGUGUCGGAAUGCUGAGGAUGGUUUGGGGAGCUGCUAACAGUGUCACCAAGCCAGAGGUGAAAGUUUAACAGUGAAGUGGAUGGAGUCAGUGUUUGGCGCGCUCUCCAGCACCACGUGGCCACCUCCUUGUGUCAGCGGCCGGAGAUACUGGAGUUACUCUCCUUUGACGCAUACAGAAGACCGCUGAGAUUUUGCUGCAGAACGUUACGGAGGAAAUCUUGUGUUUUUGGGUCUAGCUACAACAGGUUCCAAGGUGGAAUUUGUGACAAACCCGCCCGCCAAGCAAGUCACUGAGCACCCCCAGACAACCUGUUUGCUGUUCCUCCCCCGAAACCUGAGGACGCGAGGAACGGGCGAAAAAGUGAUACUUAGAAACUGUUUAAUUCACGAUCGUUUGGCCAGCGUACGCCAGUGUGAGUGAAGGAAGCCCCACGUGCUGCCUCACGCGUCCUGCAACCCCCCCUACCACCAGCAUGCACUACUACUCCGACAACUCCUCGCACGAUGACAUGUUCGUGGCUACUAAAGCACGUGAACGGUCAUCCUCAUCCAGCACCGACGAGCCUUCCUCCGGCGGGGACGACUCGUACCUGCGGGCGGCGGCGGCGGCGGCUAGGAAGCGGCGAGGCAACCUGCCCAAGGAGUCCGUUAAGAUCCUGAAGAAGUGGCUCUAUGACCACCGCUACAACGCCUACCCUUCAGACGAGGAGAAGCUGCAGCUCUCGCGGGCAGCCAACCUCUCGGUCCUCCAGGUGUGCAACUGGUUCAUCAAUGCCCGCCGUAGAAUUCUUCCUGAGAUUAUCCGCCGAGAGGGGAAUGACCCAGAGAAGUACACCAUCACCCGCCGCGCCAAGAAGCUGAAGGGUGUCUCCUCCCGUGACCGCGUGGACCCCGAGGAUUACGCCCGCCCCGCCCAGAACGACUACACCCGCACACGCACCCACUGGGAAUCCACAGAACUGCCAGACCAUGACUACGACUUCUCCAUGGAGUCCCGCGUGGCCUCAUGGGUGGCAGAGCAACAGAGAGUAUCCGCCAAGCCCCACUUUGAAGCAGUGUGUCCCUGUGGGUGUGGCUCAGAGGCUGACCACAACACCACAUUCACCACAAACACCUCCGCCCCACCAGCAUCUGCACCCCUACCCACCACAGCCCCAAAUUUUGUAACAGAGGUAACAGCCACCACUAAUUCACCAAUCUACACAGACGCUAACUCCCCAGCCUACACACCAAAUGAUUCUCCCCUCUACCCACCCUCCACUCCGGAGCAUUAUGUUCCACAGACAGAGUACGCCCCCCACACCUUCACCCCAGCACAAGUCACCCCUCCCCCGACCCCCCCAGAGGAUGAUGCAGAUAAGUUCAAGUGCCUCUACAUGCUGGUUGACGCCGCCCUCAGCCAGUGGGAGAAGCAGAAUGCCUCGCCCCCGCCACAGGACACCAUAGACACCACUCGCACCUACCUCAGCCUCUAAGCCUUGGUCACAAGGAGCAUGUGUGUAUUUGCAUAUAAAUCAUAAUUAAUUUCACCAUUGGAAUGAAUGGAAGUACUACUUACACUAGGGAAAGAAAGUAGCUACUUCAGUGUUAGCUGCUUGUUGUAGCUUGUGAAGAAUUGUCUUGCUCUGCUGAUGAGAAAUACCUCCAGCAUUUUAGUGGAAAGAGUUUCAUGCUGUGAGAGGUAAGAAGAAAGUGAAUUGCUAUAGAGAACUGUUUAGAAAUAUUCUGUAAAUCUUGUAGAGAUGUACAUUUUAAUGGGCUGGUUGUGAUAUUUUAUUGAAUCAUAUUAAUUGCUAAAAGACAGUUUUCUUCAGCAUUAGUAAUAAUAUUGAAAAAUCACAUUCAGUCAGCUUGUUAUAGAAAAUGAUAAUUUUUAUCAAGUUACAGAAUUGCAUUUUCCCAAAGUUUUUAUAUGCUGAUCUUUGACAGUGAUGCUGAUAAAGAAGUAACCAAAUACUUGAGAUAGCUCAUAAAUGUAUAUUCUUUUAUAGUACAAUGGAUUGCCUUGCCGUGAUGGAGCCGUCUCCGCCCAUACUAUUUAGGUGACCCAAUACUUAUCAAAACUUACGAAGAUUAGCGUAGUUAUAGAACAUUCCAAAAUUGGUGUUCGUCUUCCCUUCAGGCAGUGAGUGAAGAUAUUUGUAGUGAACACAGGGAAGGAUCUGCUGCACAUAAGUUCAUUCUUGUAUGAUCGCUGUGUUUGUACAAAUGUCUCCACCACCGUGUGUUUCGUGUGCCUUGAAGACAUCGCUCAAGUAAUGCAGAUGACGUGUAUCAAUGUGCCUCUGAGGUGUCUAACGCACAUUUCUGUUAUGCUUUGCAAAACUUAGUACUCUUUGGUUCACUGGUACUUAGAAUUGCUCUGCUGUUGGCAGUCUAGGUAUUUUCAACCUCUUUUUCUAUAAUGUAUGUGUGGAUCACUUGUAUGGUACUUAAUUUUGUCUGUGUAAAGGAAUAUUACCAAAAAGUCUUCAUUACUUUUUAUUUUGUUAAUUUAACAAUUGCCAUACAAUUUUAUGUUGUAGUAUUUUUAAAGGAAACCUUAAAUAGAAAAAAGAUUGGUCUGAUGAGUUACUCAAAACAACUCUCCUUUUGAAUGACUGCAGCUUUUUAUUUAUGAAUAAGAUUGAAUCCUUUGUAAAUGUCAUGGUUUUUUUCUGGGGUAACCCAAAAUAUAAAAGAUUGCAUUGCUUUAUACAGAGCAUUUGAAAUUAUGGUUAUUCUUUGUGGUAUUCAUGCCUGCAAUCUUAUCAGUAUUAUAAAUCAGUAGAGUCCAUGAACUCUAUUUACAUAAACCAGCUGCAGCUUGUCACUUAUAUUUGUUUUAAACAAGUACAUAUAUUAAAAUAUCCAACUUAUCUUUUAAAGACAUAAAGCUUGUGAGAGCUUAUUUCAGUUAUUAAACCUUUCUCUCCAUUAUUUAUGGUGCUACUGUACAUUAAUAAUACCCAUGGAGUAGAGAGAGAGUCAAGAGCAGUGCAUGGCUGAAAGACAAAGCCUUGGUGUUUUGUAAGUCUGCAGGAAACUCAACCAGUUUGUGUUGGUUUUGCAGUAGCAGCAGCAGCAGCAGUAUGUAAAGCAGUUACACUUGUCUACAAGAAGAGUCAAUUGUAGUGGCUUUAAGAAAGUGUUACAUACAGUAUAUAAAUGUAAUUGUUAAACACUUAAGGACACCUAAUGAAAAAUACUUGCUGUGAAUAUUGCUACUUGUUGAUGAUCACAGUUCUGCAAGGGAUCAUGUACAUAAGCCAGAGCUGUCGAUGCAGCAAGCUCAAGGAUAGAGAUGAAGUGAAUCUUCAAAAUUCAUUCUUCAGGAAAUGAAUAUGGCUAAGUUGUAAGAAAAUAUUUAGUUUUGUAUUCAGUGCCAAUGUUGUCUGCAUGUAACUGCGACCUCAAUUAUUCCGUGAGAGUAGUGAUAUUCUUUGUUCAUAGUUUGAUGGUUGAAGCUCGCAGCACCACUCUCUUAGGCUGUUGCCUUGCUUUCACCUGCCCAUCUUGACUCCACUUGUCCUGCUGUGAUAGGUUUUAGUUAUUUUUAUUUUAUUUUUUGGUUUUCACACUAAGCACUUGAGGGAAAUGUCGAUAAAAUGACACAUAGCACAAAGAUGAGUUAUAUGUAUUCGUCCCGUCACGCCCCCCCGUGCCGGGGCGCGAGGUCCGCUGUGUGCUGGAGUCAGGAUGGGCAGAGUGACAGGAAGCAACAGACUGAGGGCUUGUCAGGCGAAUGCGUCUUCUGUACAGUCUGCAGAAUUAUUAUCGUAGAUAAAUAAAAAGAUCUAUUUAA